CCAUCGUAAUAUUUAAGUCCUUAGAGACUAGACUGACGUCAGAAGCGGCUUGCAAGAAAAUGGCGUUACGUUGUAUUGGUGUGGAAGCUGCAAAGACAUGGGAAAAGACUGGAAGAACAGACUUUGUAAACUUAUGCAGGUCUCUGUCUGAAGACAAUGACAAUGCCAGACCUGAAAGCCUUGCUAGACCUCUGUAUGAGUUAUGUGACCUUGUUCUUAAAGGUCACUUCAAAGUGGAGACAGCCAUUGCCACCUUAACAGAAAUAGCCGAUCAGGUUCCAAGUCUUCCCUCUGUUCUUGCUGAUGUGCUGGGUGUGCUUGAUGUUGAAACAUCUAGUAUUGAGGAGAAAAGUGUCAGAGACAAGUUUGUUUCACUCGUUUCUGCAGCAGUUAGCAUUGUAACGGAGGGUCUUCUAAAAGAGAGACUUGAUCAGGAUACAUUAGAAGUGGCAAACCUUGUGUCAUCUAGGCAACAGUUUCAACAGAAAUAUGUCAAGACCAAAACUCGACUUUACUACAAACAGCAGAAAUUCAACUUAUUGCGUGAAGAAAGUGAAGGAUACUCAAAACUAAUAGUGGAGCUGAAUCAGGAGAUUACAGACCAUGUGACACCGGAGUCUGUCUUGCAGCACAUCAAGUCUCUCAUUGGAUGCUUUGAUCUUGAUCCAAAUCGUGUGAUUGACAUCGUGCUGGAGUCCUUUGAGUGCCGACCACACCUGCAAAAUUUCUAUCUCCCAUUAUUGUGUGACUAUGUGUCAGACCCACUCACACUCUGCCACAUCUUAGGGUUCAGGUUCCAUUUCUACUUGCCUGAGGAUUCUGAGACUCCAGCUUCUUUGUUCCAAGUGGCAGCAUUGUUGCUGAAAAAUGGUCUUGUAGAUUUGGAACAUCUGUAUCCACAUCUGCUGCCAUCUGAUGCAGACAUGCAACAGUUCCAACAGAAAGAGCUACAAGAGGCCAAGGCAUAUGCACGUCGCCUCAACACAAUCGUACUUGCAGACAAGAAAGAGGAGGACAAAGAAAAGGAAGAGCUUCAGAAGAUAGACUUGAAAGUAAACAACCAGAAAUUAGGACUGUGUGAGGCCUUAUUGGAGAUUGGUGCAUGGGACAGUGCCAAAGCAAUAUUGGAUGGACUUCCUGAGGGGUUUGCCAUCUCACAUAAGCCCAUAACCCAGGCACUCUGCCACCUGAUUCAUGCUACCAUUGAGCCACUUUAUGCAAAAUAUACUGGUCUGACAUCAGCCCUGACCAAACGACGACCAAUACCUGUCAGACGGGCUGAAAUUGAAUCUGUGACAACAUUUUCUGGCUUGCAUCGUGUGGUGUUCCCAAUGGUGCUGUAUCUGGGUCCCCACAUAGCAGCAGACCCAGCCUUGUUGGUCAAACUUAUCCGUUUAGGAAAGGCAUACAUGGUCAAACGCCAAGAUGGGACACUCAGUUCAGAUGAUGAGGCCACUUACUAUGGGCUGUUGACCAUAGUAGAUGAUGCACUCCUGCCUUCACUGUCUUUACAGCCUGGCAAUUGCUGCAUGGCAGAGGAGUUGUGGGGGCUUGUCAGAUUGUAUCCCUAUGAAAUCAGGUAUCGCAUGUAUGGACACUGGAAAAAUGAGACCUAUUUUACACAUCCAAAGCUGAUUCGUGUCAGGGCAGACACACUUGAGCGAGCUAAGUACAUAAUGAGGCGCAUUUCCAAAGAAACAGUAAAGCCCUCAGGAAGACAGCUGGGGAAACUGUGCCACAGCAAUCCUGGUGUUUUGUUUGAACUGGUGCUGUCUCAGAUCCAGAGAUAUGAUAACUUCAUUCUACCUGUUGUGGAUUCCCUGAAAUAUCUAACUGCCAUGUCCUAUGACAUUUUGGCUUAUUGCAUCAUUGAAGCUGUGGCUAAUCCAGAGAAGGAACGAAUGAAAACUGAUGACACAAACAUUUCCCUUUGGCUUCAGAGCCUGGCUAGUUUUGCCGGAGCCAUCUGUCGCAAGUACACAGUGGAGUUAACAGGAAUCAUGCAGUAUGUAGCAAACCAACUGAAGGCAAACAAGAGUUUAGAUCUUCUACUAUUACGAGAAGUGGUGCAGAAAAUGGCUGGCAUUGAAGUGUCAGAAGAAAUCACAGAUGACCAGUUGGAAUCUUUAUCAGGGGGAGAGCUCCUUCGCCAAGAGGGAGGGAAUUUCCAGCAGGUACGCAACAUGAGGAAGUCCUCAACAAGGCUUAAAGACACUUUGCUGGAACGUGACCUUGCUUUGUCCUUGUGCCUGCUGAUGGCCCAGCAGCGGUCUAGUGUUAUCUUUAGAGAAGACACAGGCAGCCGCCACCUGAAGCUAGUAGGAAAGCUUUAUGAUCAGUGCCAGGACACUUUGGUUCAGUUCGGCAGCUUCUUGUCCAUGCAGCUGUCAACAGAAGAAUUCGUUAAACGUCUACCUCCCAUUGAUGUACUUAUCUCAACAUAUCAUGUGCCCCAAGAUGCUGCCUUCUUUUUGUCGCGACCGCUGUAUGCUCAUAGUAUUGCUACUCGCUAUGACGAGCUUAUAAAGAGUGAUGCCAAAAACAAAGAAGCGUCUUCCUAUACAAAGAGGUACAUUGAAGCUUCAGAAGAAAUACAGAGACCUGUCCUAGAAGCAUUAAGGCCCCUGUUUCCUCCCAAGAUUUGGGAGGAUUUCACGCCACUGUUCUUUCUGACUUUCUGGUCCUUGUCCAUGUAUGACCUUAAAGUCCCAACCACUGCUUAUGACAAGCAAAUCCAACUUCUUCAGGCACAGUCUAACCAGAUUGAGGAAAACAAGGACAUGCCACAGAGUAAGAAGAAGAAGGAAAAAGAACGAUGCAACCAGUUGAUAGAGAAACUCAAGGAAGAAGCAAAGAGGCAACAGGAUCAUGUUACAAGGGUGAUGGAUCGACUGAAAAAAGAAAAAGACUCAUGGUUUCCUUCUGGGACAACCAAGUCGGAAAUGACAACAAAUUUUCUGCAGCUGUGCAUUUUCCCACGGUGCUGUUUCACAGCUAGCGAUGCCAUCUAUUGUGGCCAGUUCAUCCAUGUUUUACAUAGUCUUAAAACCCCAAACUUCUCAACUCUCAUCUGCUAUGACAGGAUUUUCUGCGACAUUACUUACACGGUGACAAGCUGUACAGAGAAUGAGGCACAUCGCUAUGGACGCUUCCUGGCCAGCACUCUUGACACCAUCAUGCGUUGGCACAGCAGCAUCAAUGUCUAUGAAAAGGAAUGUGCCAAAUAUCCUGGCUUUGUGACAGUCUUCCGCAAAGGACUUGACAGCAAUAAUAAGAUGGACAGGCUUGACUUUGAGAACUUUCGUCAUGUCUGUCACAAAUGGCAUUUUCGUCUAACGAAGGCCAUCAUUGCCUGUCUGGAAUCUGGCAACUACAUUCAAAUCAGAAAUGCUCUCAUCAUCCUUACAAAGAUCUUGCCUCAUUACCCACGCAUUGUGCAAAUUGGCAUGGCGAUAGAACGUCGAGUUGACAAACUCAGCAAAGAGGAGAAGGAGAAGCGCCCCGAUAUCUAUGCACUUGCCAUUGGGUACUCUGGACUGAUGAAGAACAAGAAAACAACGUGGGUGCCAGAAACAGAAUUCCAUAUCAAGGAGCCCAAACAACCUCUCAAAGGAUCAGCAGCUGGGUCUGCAGCAGCAGCUUCUGCCAAAGAGGGAAGCCAAAGUGUCAAUAACCGGAGGCCAGAAGAUAGCAAGGUCAAAGAGAGCAAGACAGGAGGUGAAAACCGAGAGGACCGAGCCAAGGACCGUGGCAACGACCGCAAGGAGAAAGACAAGCGUGACAAGAAGGACAGCAAAGGGAAAUCUGCAAACAGCACAGACGCUGGAGAGCAACAGGACGUGGUAAAGUUAUCAAAGGACAAAAGUACUGAUGACAGAAAGGCCAGAGAGGUGACAUCAUCACAAGCAGCUGCACUUUCUCGACCAGGGGAAGCAGAUGAGAUGAUCCGACGGGACGGGAAGGCUGACAAGCUUAUCAAGGAGGAGAAGCCAAAGAAGAGUGAAAAAAAGGACAGGGAAAGAGGGAAGGAAAAAGAGGAACGUGGGGGCAAGGACAAGUCAAAGCGCAGUCACAGCCAGGAGCCCGAGGAGGAGAGGACUACAGCAGUUUCAUCAUCUCAUUCUUCAUCACACCGUCGCAGCAUUGAGGCAUCACCAUUGGCUGUUGAUGAUAGAGAUACAAAGCGCAGAAAAGUGGAAAAUGCUGGAUCAAGUUCGCAGGAGAGCCCCAACGACAGUGCUAGUAAACCAAAGACAAGGAAGAGCCCGUCAAUAGAGAGAGAGGGCAGUGAUAAAGACAGGGAAACCGGAGACUACCGCAAGGAAAAGAAACGAGAGCACUCUAUGGAUGCUGGUGAUGCUGAUAUGAAGAAACGACGUAAUGAUGACUACUAUGAUCACUACACCUCAAAGAACAAAGUAAAUGGAGAACAGAAUGGCUCAGAAAACAGACCUCGUGAACGUGACAGUCGUGAGAGGAGCAAACAUGAUGGCUCAUUCAAGGUGAAAGACAACAGAAAGGAGGCAAUGCCAGGCCCUGAUGAUUCUCCCAAGUUAAAAAGCAAAGAGAAAAAAGAAAAAUCCUCUUCCAAGAAACAGAAAAAAUGAUGAGCCAAGGCUCCAAAUUACCAGCUACAAAGAUCAUCUCAGGCAGUCUAGUGCGAUAUUGUGUUCCGACAUUGGCAACAUUUCCAUGUUGUCAGACCUCGUACACAUGAUCCAUGCAUGCACCUGAUAGAAAUGCUGCAGAAAGCAUUUCUGUUUGGCACCUGCACUUUCCCCAGUCAGUACUGCUAUUAAGCAGAGCAUGUUGAGGAGCUUCAUCAUGUGAGCAAGUGAUUUGCUCUGCAUGAAACAUUUCCAUUUUCUUCUUUGUUAGAGCUGUACAGCAUGAACUGGCAGGUUAAAGGCAGUUUUGUGAUCAGAGGACCAAAAUGUUGACUGUAUUUUGGCAAAGUUUCUUUGUACCUGUGGUCAUAUUUUCAUCCAUUGAGCUGCAAUAUGUUCUUCGUUCAAAAGAAUGGAAGAAAGUUUGGAGUAUCUGCAUGUAGAUAUUGUGAGGUCGCUGAUUGCAGUUACAUUUUUACUGAUUGCCAUGUCUGCCAUGUAUAUAUUAAAUAUGAGAAAGAAAAACAAACUGAAUGAUGGUGAAAACUA